CUGCGACCCCGGGAUCAUUUCAAAACCAGCGAAGUAAAGUAAAGAAAAGAAAAGAGAAGAAAAGAUGGAACGAAGUAAUAUGAACGCAUGCCUGAAUGAAUUGGCAAACAUUAAAAUACCCGCAACAUGGGCUAACCAAAAUCCUGUCCGCCUGGCGAGGUUGCUCGCCAAUCUCAAAGAAGCGAAAGAACACGGCCCUGAGUACGUUUUUCUUUCCGACGUUGAUGGGAAGCUCUAUACAUUAAUUCCCACUUAUGAAGUAAAAGAAGUUAAGGAACGAACAAUGCCCUUCGCAUCCAUUGGCAGGGGUUCGGGCCACCAUGUCUCUUCAGAGAGCCUAAUUGAUCCGGGGAACCCGGGCCCUAAAUAGAACCCUCUAAU